GUGUCGGGACAUGCUAUGACCGCGUCGUUGCUGCUGCACUCGCACUGGGCCGAGCCGCUGAUGUUCGGCAAGAACAUGCAAGACGCGCCGGGGUUCCCCGGGGGGAACUUGGCGCCCAACCAGUGCAGGAAUCUGCUGGCGCAUCCCGCCUCGCUGGCUCCGAGCAGCGCCGCCUACGCCGGCGGCGGCGACGGGGAGCCGGCCAAACAGUGCAGCCCGUGUUCGGCCACGCAGAGCUCGCCCAACGCGUCCCUCCCGUACGGAUAUUUCGGGGGAGGCGGAUGCGGCGGCGGCGGCGGCGGGGGUGGCUACUACCAGUGCAGGCCGGCUUCCCACGGCUGCGUCAAGGCCUGCGCGCCAGCCGCCUCCUACGCGGACAAGUACGCGCAGGACGCGUCGGCGCCCGGCGAUGAGUUCUCCGGCCGGGCCAAGGAGUUCACCUUUUACCAGGGCUACUCCACGGCUCCCUACCAGGCGGGCUACCUGGACGUGCCCGUGAUUCCCGCGCUGGGUGCGCCCCCCGAGCCCAGGCACGAGCCGCUCUUGCCGAUGGAGCCCUACCAGCCGUGGUCCAUCACCGGCAACGGCUGGAGUGCGGCGGGCCAAGUGUACUGCACCAAGGAGCCGCCUCAGGCCAACGCGCUGUGGAAGUCCCCCCUGCAAGACAACACGUGCGUCGGGGACAGCCAGGUGCGGCGCGGCAGGAAGAAGCGCGUCCCUUACACGAAGGCGCAGCUGAAAGAACUGGAGCGCGAGUACGCCACCAACAAGUUCAUCAGCAAGGACAAGCGGAGGAGGAUUUCGGCCCACACCAACCUGACCGAGAGACAAGUCACCAUCUGGUUUCAGAACCGCCGCGUGAAGGAGAAGAAAGUCGUCAAUAAGUUCAAGAGCUCCUGUUAG